AUGCUGAAUAUUCUGAAAAGGGGCUCUCUUUCCGGUUCUGACCGCGAAGAAUAUAUCCGUGCUGUUCAUUACGAUAACUUUGCUGCUGAUUAUUCAAAACUCAGAGUCCAUAUGAGUUAUGCACCUCAUGUUCACGCGAAUGGGGCCCUUCUGGCGUGGCAUCGUCAAUUCAUCUGGUUGUGGGAACAUGCCUUGAGAACAGAGUGUGCAUACCAAGGAUAUCUUCCGUACUGGGAUUGGCCUCUAUAUGCCCACAAUCUUUCUGCUAGUCCACUCUUCGACGGCUCACCAACAUCAUUAUCCGGCGACGGAAAUCGGGAUCAUGAUUACUGCGUGACAAGUGGUCCAUUCGCUAACAUGCGGGUUCAUUUUGCGCAAGGAGCAACCCCAACGCUUCAAAUGCCUCCUAAUAUAUUCGACUACACCCCUCAUUGUCUAAAUCGCCAGUUCAAUUCCACUGUUACUGCGAUCUUCGCUAACGCGACCGUGAUUGAUCGUCUUCUCGCAUCCUCCGAUAUUAUCACCUUUCAGGAACGGAUGGACAUCAGUAUGAACCCUGAGGUAUGGGCGCGAGAGUUCGGUCCCCAUACUGCUGGGCAUAAAGCGAUGACUGGUACAAUGGAGGACUUCUUGUCCUCUCCACAGGACCCGGCUUUCAUGCUACAUCAUGGAAUGGUCGAUCGCAUGUGGGCAAUAUGGCAAGGCCUGGAUGAAACGAAUCAUCGGUGGGCCAUCAAUGGGACUAUGACGUUGUAUAAUCUUCCCUUGACGCCGGGUUUGACCCUGGAAACAGAGUUUGGGUUCGGGGUACUGGGUCCAAGUAAGAAGAUGAGAGAGUUGAUGAGUCCUCAGGCGGGUGAUUACUGCUAUGAAUACACCUGA